UUAUCUACUGACAUUCAACGUUCAGCAAAUCUAUUUUCAUUGUACGCGUCUCGUAGGUCCAAUUUAUAUUCGAUUAUCUGCACGAUAUAAGGUAGUUUCUGUCCCAUAUCCGUGUUAGCAAUCUGACAUGUUUACUUGUAGCCUACCUUUCAAAGACAUAAACAGACUCAUGUAUUCGGGGUGUGUUUCCCCUGUGUGCGAGAUGUCGAGGGCCAAAGCAGACGAAGAUGAUUACUGGAACAGCAGCAAGUUUACGCUGGCUUUCACCUUCGACGAGGAGGAUGACGAUUAUACACGGCUAAAAGAGUCCAAAAAGGCUGUGAACAGCAUUUCCGCCCUAGCGGAUGAAGACGAUGAUGACGAUGACGUGGAGAAGGUCAGCUGGAGCGGAGAGCCAGUCGGAAGUAUCUCCUGGUCCGUGAAGGAGACGGCGUCCAAACUCCGGCCAGCAGGGGACAGCAGAGAGCUAGGCUUCCCCAAGAUCAGUGCUUCGCCUUCCCUACCCAAGAAUAACUCUGUAUAUUCCCUCAGCUCCCUCUUCAAAGCAAAGACCAAAGUAGGCGGCAUGCUGUCCUCUAGUGAUUCGUUCAGCGACACACCUGCCAGACAUUAUGCACCAGAGCUACGGAAACCAAAAUGUGAAUACAAGGACUACAUAAGUAACUGGUCCCCUCAAGAGACCAUCCUGAAAAUGCAACAGGGAAAGGUGGUUUCUCUGGAACGGUUCCAGUCGCUGCAGGACAAGAUGCUCCUAUUGGACAAGGCUGUCGACGGGCACGACGGGAACAUCAUCACAGCUAUAUUAAUCUAUUUGAAGAGAUCUUUGUGUAAAGAGGUUCUGUUCCGAGAGCUGGAUGGCAGGGAGACAGCCCUGCGACACUACAUCCACUACCUAAAGGAGAGCGGGGAGCAGAAAGUCCUACUGGACCUCUUCAGGGCUUUGGGCCGGACUGAGGAUGAGGCGCUGCUGCAGUAUAAACAUCACCUGACCAUCACUGAUGAAAACAAGCGCAGAGACUUCCUCAAGACCUGCCUCGGCUUGCCCUUCUCCCCAGAGGACUCGCUCCACGUCCAGGACCACUACACGCUCCUGGAGAGGCAGAUCAUCAUAGAGGGGAACGAUAAGCAGGUGGAGAGGACCGGGCAGUCGGACGUCUUCAAGAGGUUCCCCAGGAAGGCUUCCAUCCUGAACAUGCCCCUCAUCACCACCCUCUACUACUCCUGCUUCUACCACUACAGCGAACCAGAGGGAACCUACAGUAGUCCUGCCAACAUCCGCAGAACCUUCAAGUUGGCUGAGAAGCAGUAUUUCCUGACCGCCCUCGCGGCCCGGGCUAAGCUGAAGGCGUGGACGGACGUGGACUCCUUGUUCACCACCAGGAACUGGCUCGGCUUCACCAAGAAGAAGUCCCCUGUCGCCUUCCAGAGGGUGCUAGACAUCCUCCACAAGAACAACGCACCUGUCCAGGUGUUGGAGGUGUAUGUCAACCUGCUGGAGGACCUGGAGCUCAAGAUCAACAUGGCCCACAAGUUUAAAUGCCAUGACGUCAUCAUCAACACGUACCGAGACACAAAGGACAAGAAGCAGUUGCUAGGAUACCAAAAGAAGUUUGACAUGAGCUCCGCGGAACACAAGAAGAUAGCGGACGUGCUCAACAACUCUCAAAUCCGUUGGAAGAACUGAGGUUUGGACCACAUCCUGACCGACAGUUGUGUGUCGAAAAACAACUCCUGCGUGUGAUCGGUCCUCCGGUUCCUGGUCUGUAAAUAUGUAUAUACUGUAUGUAUGUAUGUUUACCUUAUGUAUGUACUGUAUGUAUAGAGUGAACUUUUCAAUCUGACAUGAUUAAUUCAUAACUGGGAUUCAUUUUGCAUUUCAAUAAAGAAUUUAUGAACUAUUGUAUGUUUCACCAAAUUACUGAUUGAUCGAUUUUGCUAAUAUGACUAAAAUGAGAUCAUGGCCAUUUCUAUUUAGUCAACAGUCGCAAUAACAGCAACGGUGUAAACAAUAACAGAAAAUACUCACUUGCAGUAUUGCUUUUUUUGGCCUGCCCCUAUCUCAGCUAUGUGUAUGUUAACGCACACGAGCGAGGUUGUGGGGAUGUGUGAGUGUGUUUUCGGGGACUGCCCCCUUGAAUUGCUUGAGGACAAGUUGGCCGUGAAUACCUUUUUUGACUACAGGCAGUCCUAGUUGUCAUUGUUAUCCUCUCAGUCUGUUAAGUAGACCAGCGUUUCUCAAUAAUACCAGGGCGGUGGAACACCCUCAUAGACCCCCGCGGACACGCAAUGUUGAUUUUAGGUUAUUUGUUUAGAAAAACUUGCAACAGCAAACGUCUACAAAAUGUUUUUCCAAUGCUGCCAAAUGUCGUCCUUUGUUGUACCUCACACAGGUAAAAUAGCUUGACUUUGAAUGAUCAUUUAGAUUUUUUAAACGGAUAAUCCACUAUUGCACAAUUGGUUAGUAGGCCUAUACAUUAACUAUUGGUUGCAGUGCAGACUUGUCAAGGCAGUUUAAAACAGUUUGACCUAUUGCACAAAAGGUGCACGUUUGGUUUUGUAAUUAACCUUUCCCAUUUUACUGGAUGCAGUAGCCUACAACUAUAUAUUGUGCAUGCAGAUGGAUUAAAGGUUAUAUUCAUUCGCUCUAUCUACAGCAGCCUAUGCACAGCAGCGUAGGCCUACUAUGGAGGUAGAUUUGUGUCUUUAUUAUGCAAUCAAAAAUAAUAGGU